AUGGCAACCCGGGCUCUGGAAUCCCGCUUCGAGCACCUGUCAGUGAACGAUGAAAACGAUCCUGGCAAUGGAAGCAAAUACAAGUCAAAGAUAAUAACUUCCACAACAUCUUCUACCACCCAAACAUCCCAAAACGCCAAUCGAAACAAUCUUUUGAAGCUUGCGAUACAAAAUCAAAAUACAACCAACACCAUUGUCACGGUUCCGUCCCAAACUGCGCAAUGGCGAGGAUCGAGAAUUCAAAAUGGAUCCGGCUCACCACCACGAAACUCCGGCUCCCAAGAACUCACUAGAGCUGAACGAAAGUCAAAUCCACUGUAUGAACAACCAGCUGUCCCAAAACAAUUCCAUCUCGGCAUGUUCGAGAUUGGUCGUCCGCUGGGAAAGGGAAAAUUUGGUCGAGUUUAUCUAGUAAGAGAACGAAGCUCUGGCUUUGUCUGCGCUCUGAAAGUACUCCACAAGAAUGAGCUGAAGCAUGGCGGUGCCGAAACCCAAGUUCGGAGAGAGAUCGAAAUUCAAAGCAACUUACGACACAUAAACAUCUUACAGUUAUUCGGACACUUUCACGAUAGCAAACGAAUCUUCCUCAUCAUUGAAUUUGCAGCCAAAGGAGAACUUUACAAACAUCUUCGACGCGAAAAUAAAUUCCCAGAAUGGAAAGCCGCUCAAUACGUUGCCCAAAUGGCAGCUGCGUUGAAAUACUGCCACAAGAAGCACAUAAUGCAUCGUGAUAUCAAGCCGGAGAAUAUCCUCCUCGGUAGUCAUGGGGAAAUUAAGCUUUCUGAUUUUGGUUGGAGUGUGCACGCUCCCAGCAAUCGACGAGAGACACUUUGUGGAACUUUGGACUAUCUUCCUCCGGAGAUGUUGAAGCCUGGGCGGGACAAGAACGUGUACUCGAACAAGGUUGAUAUAUGGUCCCUUGGAGUCUUGAUGUACGAGUUCCUCGUGGGAGAGGCACCAUUUGAAGACACGCCUGUUAUGACGCAAAGAAAAAUCUCAAGGGGUGAGAUGACGGUACCAGGUUUUGUGAGCCCAGAAGCUAAAGAUCUGAUUAAGAGACUACUCGUCCUCGAUCCAGAGAAACGAAUAACUCUAGACCAGGUCCAAGAGCACCCAUGGAUCAUCAAGCAUUGCGUAAAGGGAGAAAGGGCGACCAUGCGAGAAUCCAAGUCUACGGGCAGCAAGUACUCGGGCUCUGGAGACGAAUGA